GCGGCGCUGCCCUGCUGACACGUCCCGGCCCCGCCCGCCGCCGUGCCGCGGCCGCCAUUUUGUGCGAGCCGCCGGCGGGGUAGCGCAGGCUUGGGAGCCGCGGGGAACGAGCUGGGCUCUUCCCUGUGCCGCCAUGCCUUCCUCGCCGCUGCGUGUGGCCGUGGUGUGCUCGAGCAACCAGAACCGCAGCAUGGAGGCGCACAAUAUCCUCAGCAAACGAGGAUUCAGCGUCCGAUCCUUUGGAACAGGGACUCACGUGAAACUGCCAGGACCAGCCCCGGACAAGCCAAAUGUUUAUGAUUUCAAAACAACAUAUGAUCAGAUGUACAAUGAUCUGCUUAGGAAAGACAAAGAACUAUACACACAGAAUGGAAUUUUACAUAUGUUGGACAGAAAUAAGAGAAUCAAGCCACGACCAGAGAGAUUCCAGAACUGCAAAGACGUUUUUGAUUUGAUCCUAACGUGUGAAGAAAGAGUCUAUGAUCAAGUAGUAGAAGAUUUAAAUUCCAGAGAGCAAGAGACAUGUCAGCCAGUGCAUGUGAUCAAUGUGGACAUUCAGGAUAACCAUGAGGAGGCAACGCUGGGUGCCUUCCUUAUCUGUGAGCUCUGCCAGUGUAUACAGCACACAGAAGACAUGGAAAAUGAAAUAGAUGAGCUGUUACAGGAAUUUGAAGAGAAAAGUGGAAGGACUUUUCUUCAUACUGUCUGCUUUUAUUAAAGCACAUCUGUCUCCUAGGCCUUAAUACAGAUGAGAGAAGCAUGUGUUUAAAGUUCUAAUUAUACUGUAUUUUCCUGGAAAAUGAAUAUUGAUUUUUAUUUUAUUUUAUUUUUUUUUUUGUUCAAGGCUCCUCUUCAGUGGUUGUUCUGGUUUUUGUUUCAGGUAUUCUGUCACAGGCAGGCAGAGAUACCAGUUGACUUGUACAUAUGCAAAGUAUACGCAAAGGCCACCUAUUUAAAAAUUAAAAUCAAGAUUUCCUUUAAAUCCUACUUCAAUUGUUAAAAGUAGGCUCUUAAUUAUAAAGAGAGUAUUUCUUGAAUAUAAGUUUAUAAUGUAUUUUUCCAGCUUACAAAUUUAUUUUAUUUCAGUUGUGCUUUUUUUUUUUUUUUUAAUUUUAAUGUGACAGAAUGGCUGAACUAUGUGAAGAUAUGAAUGGAACAAUGACAAAUGAGUUAUCUGUAUAUUAUUAGAUAUAAGAUUGGAAGCAUCCAAUAAAAAUGAAAAACCUGCAAGUUUGUCUGUUUCUCAAAUAGAAGCCGAGUACCUGUGACUGCUGUGUGAGGUAAGGCUCAAGGUGCCCGAAGUAGCAUGAGGAUGCUCAUUCAUCCCAGUCCUCUUGGAGAGGUUGGUGGCAGCACGAAGAUCUCCAUGGGAGCUGGAAGAGCUGCACUGCCCCUCGUUGAGAGGGGCUGCAUAUUUGGGCACCUUCCUGUGAUUUUUUGAUCCUGUGUUGAACCGAACUGAACUGCUUUCUCUACAUGAAUUAGGGCACCGCCAGCACAUCGUUUUCGGAUCUUAAUUGCUUUUGAAUUACUGUAUGUGGGACUGAAAUGUAAGGCUGAAGCUGUAACUGUAGCAGUCAGGGCCCAAUUGUAUAUAUGUCUUCUAGAAGGAAGAAGGGGAGAACACAAGUUCUCCUUCGAGCAAACUCCGCUGUUAAUAGAAAUGGUUUAAAGCUUUGUUAACUGAAAUGUCUUCUGAAUGGAAAUAUUCUCUGCACAUACAGCAAUAAUAAACGUGUUUGUCACAGCUCGCAA